CUUACAUUACAUCUUAAAUCCACUCUGAUGUGCAGACAGUCAGCAGUGAGACAUCAUGGCGGUCACAGCGCUCUGCAUCAGACUGUUGAUGACUGUUUUGUUGCUGCUGGUUGCACAUGUUGAAUGCAGUUACUCUGAAAAUGUUGAUGCAGGUUUCCCUCAGGUUGUUCCAAACCGACAGCAGUUCUUUGAAUAUGAGCCCAUUACUGUCACCUGUGAGGGUCUGGAGGGACUGACUGGAUGGAGAGUGGUGAGGAGGAUCGCAGGUGCUGUCAAAACUUGUGCUGCUUCCUGGUCAACGUCAACAGGACCCUGUAAAAUAAAGAAUGCCUUAGCGGCAGUUGACAGUGGAGAAUACUGGUGUGAAAUGGGAGAGGCAAAGAAAAGCAACACUGUCAACAUCACUGUCACUGGUGGCUCUGUGAUCCUGGAGAGUCCUGCCCUUCCUGUGAUGGUGGGAGAUGAUGUAACUCUGCACUGCAGAAACAAGCAGAUGUCCUCCAACCUCAUAGCUGCAUUUUUUAAAGACGGCCACUUAAUGGAGAACAGCUCUAUGGGAAACCUGACUCUCAACAGUGUUUCCAAGUCUGAUGAAGGACUCUACACGUGCAGCAUCACUGAAGAUGGACGAUCAUCAGCGAGCUGGCUGAUUGUCAGAGCAGCUGACAAGGUGCCUCAUCGUGGCCUUCAGCUCCUUCUGCUGCUCUGCACUGCUGUCAGUGUUUUCUUGGUGGCUCUGCUGUUGGUGGGAUUACUGCAAUGUGGGCAACAUCAGACAAUCACCACAGAUACCCCGACCUCUCCUUUCUGCUUCCAGUCUUUUAUCUCUAUACAAUCAGUGACAACGUACGCUGUCGUCAAAACCCAGCAGGAAGAGCAGUUGCUGAGAGCAGAGACACCUGACUGAAGAAGGGAUGAGAUAUGUUGUUUCUCUCAACACAACAAUUUUGUAAUGAUAUGCAUUUCAGAGCAUUGGUGAAGGAGUUGUGUAUAUUCAUGACAAGAGACAAUGAUGGAUUUGUGUUCAUAAGAAAAUAUUGCAGGUUGUGUGUAUUUGUAAAAUAUGUACAGGUUUUAAUUCUUGAUAAAUGACCUAAAAAGACAUCAUCAUCAUCAUCAUCAUCAUCAUCAGCAGCAGCAGCAGCAGCAGCAGCAGCAGCAGCAAGACAUCAGAUAACUCACAGCAUAACUGCCUAUCUUAAAAGUUAUCAGUCUGUGACAGUUAAACCACAUUGUUCUAUUUGUUCUGUUCACACCUCUACAUUUAAAGUCAGUUUACAAGAAGAGAGUUGCUGCAGCUUUUAAAUAUACACACUGCGACUAUACUUCCCUUGCUGUAUAAUCUUGCAGUAAUCUUUUGCAAAGAUAGACAGCUUGUUAACAUCCAAAAAGUCCUCCAAUGCCUAUCCUGUAUUUUACCAAAGUCUUGAUUUGGUAUUUUGUUUUGUAAAACUGAAAAAAUUAUAAAAUAAAUCAGUA